AAGCCACUCUCAUUCCCAAUUCCCACCAAAAAGUGAAUCACUUUCUCGUUUUUGCCCUUCAAAACCCGCCAUGUGGGGUUUCUCACCGUGAUUUCGUUUCACGGCGAAGCAGCAAUCGACGACGGUGUUCAUUUGAAAACGGUUCUACAACAUGGCGAAGCGAAACUCCGUCAUUGUUCUCUCAUCUGAUGACGAAGAAAAUGCUCCCAAAACUCGUUCGUUGAGUUCGACCAGUUCAAAGCCCAAGCCCAAACCCAAGUCCACUUCAACGGGCUCCAGAGGAAGAAAGAAAGCCCGUGUUUCCAGUUCAGCGCCUCGUCUCUCGAAGCUUUACGAGAUAAACUUGUUUGAUGAUGACUUCAACCAAGUCUUUACCGGGUCAAAGGUAUUCGCUGCUGCUGGUACUCAAAGGAGCACUGCAGAAGAGCUAUGGGUUGAUAAAUACAAGCCCCAUUCGCUGGAAGAGCUUGCUGUUCACAAGAAAAAGGUUGAAGAAGUUAAGACAUGGUUUGAAGAAAGGUUGAAGCCUUCCAAGGGUGUCUACAGAAAUAAUGUUCUUGUCGUCAGUGGGCAGGCAGGAAUUGGAAAAUCUGCUGCUAUUCAUGUAAUUGCUUCUCAUCUGGGUGCGAUGGUAUGUGGAUGGAACACACCUACACCUGUAAUUUGGCAAGAGCAUCUUUAUAACUCUGGAACAGAGACAAAAUACACUUCGAAGUUGGAUGAAUUUGUAAGUUUUGUUGAGAGAAUACGGACAUUUGGAUUAAUACCAACCUCCUUUACUGGGGAGUCAAAGCCUUCCAUCAUAUAUUUAAUAGACGAUCUUCCCAUGAUGCAUAGUAAAGCUGCUUUAGGAAGACUUAAAGAUUGCUUGAAUCUUUUGGUGCACACAACUCGGAUACCCACAGCCAUAUUGGUCACAGAUUACGGAAAUACUGAUUCAGCAGAUUAUAAUGCACGGUCCGUGGAAGAACUUAAGACAUCUCUAGAAAGUUCUGGGGCUUGUAAGAUUGCGUUCAAUCCAAUUACAGUUAAUUCUAUUAAGAAGAUACUUUUUAGAAUAUGUCAAAUGGAGCAGUGUGAUGUGACAGCUGACAAUGUUGAUCUUAUAGCAAAAGCAAGCGGGGGUGACAUUAGACAUGCGAUUACUUCUCUACAGUUUUUCUGUCUGAACCCGAAUCAAGUGCAUUCUUUGUCGCAAUCUACCCGCAGUCCUCAUGCAUUAAAAGAGGAAAGUAAUAAACCUGUUGAAUUAGAUGAUGGAUCUUCCUUGUACUUUGGCAGAGAUGAGACACUAUCUUUAUUUCACGCCUUAGGGAAAUUUUUGCACAAUAAGAGGGAGACUGGAGUUGCAGUAGAAUAUGACCAAAAUGGCUUUCUCAUACACGAAAGAUUUUCAAGAUUACCUUUAAAAAUGGAUGUCCCAGAGAAGAUUCUUUGUCAAUCCCAUGUGCAACCUGGUCCAGUUGCUGAUUUUCUACAUGAAAAUGUUCUAGAUUUUUUAAAUGACGAGGCAGUAGAAGAUGCAUGGAUUUUGUCUUCAUAUCUAGGUGAUGCUGAUAUCCUUCUCACUAAACUUCGGGGAAUGGUGUCUAGUUAUAACGAGGCAGAGAGUAUUUUACAGUCAGCUGCUGCAUCAAUUGCUGUUCGUGGGGUGCUAUUUGGAAACUCUUGUCCACUUUCCUCCAGGUGGCAUGCAAUCCGUCGACCAAAGCUCUGGCAGGUUGAAAAAGAAUUAUCAUACCAGAAGAAUAAGAUGUUAAGGCAGAGAAUCCCUGCUUGUAAUCAGUUGAGUUCUUAUCAUAUGUCAGUUAUGGCCACAGAAUACAUGCCUAUGUUUAAAUUGCUGGGAAAUAGGGUUGGUAGUGGAUAUGAUGAACUACAUCAGGAAUCAAAUAUUGAUAUUGACAAAAUGAGUUUAGAUGGUGAAGCUAUGGAGAUAUCUGAUGAUGACAUAGAAGAUUGGUAGGCACAUAACAUGCAAUCACGAGGUUGUUCAGUUUGCGGACCUUCCUUUAAUGUUUUCAGCUUCUACUAGACAACAGUUAUUUGCUUUCUUUAUUGCCAAUGUUAAUUAAGGCUGAAGCGUUUCCUAGAGAAUUGCGAGUUUUUUUGUGAAUAUAGGAGAUAUUUUGAUGCAAAGCCAAUUGUAACUGGGGUUCUCAGAUCUUGAUGGAAUUAUGGGUUUGACACGAGUGUUUAUUGAGAAUGUGUCCUGUAAAUACUAACUUGUUACUUGAGUCUUAUAUCAAAGUUCAAGAAACAUCGGUAAUUGUGCACGGUUAAAAUAGACUCCAUUUAACGAUCUCUAGUCUCUAGUUUUUGCUUUUUCCAAUAGAAUUAAAAUGUAUCACUCUUUUGUUUUGUAA